GAAAACCAACCUAAAACAAAACAGCCUUACCGAGUGGCUGUGGGCUUCCUCCAGCCGUGCCGUCGUAACGGGGCUGUGAGGGGCCGGCCGCGGGGAAGGGGCGGUGGGAACGUGAGGGGCGGCCGUUCCCGCCGCUGGGGCGGGGCGGGGCCUGCUCUCGCCCGCAGCCUCUGGCCGGCCUUGAGAUCCUCGCGGAGCGCUGGGGCUCCCCCACUAGCACAGGAGAGACACCUCUGUGGGUCAAAGCAGGUGAAGCCAGGAGGCCUGCGGGAGCGUGGAGGUCUGGAAUGAGAGUUGGGCCUCCCGCGCGUCCCCUUUGUGUGGAGCACGGCUGCCUGCGGGAGCGGGCGUGGCCGGAGGGACGGGCGUGCAUUUCCGCGCUGCCUCGGCCUCCGGCUGGAGGACGGCAGCGGCUCGGUUGGGCUUGGUGGAGAGACAGGGCUGGUGGCUGGCCGGGCUGACUCGGGGAAGGUCCAGGAGAGCCGCUGCGCCGCGUCCAUGGACUAGCCGAGGCUGCGGAGAGACACCCGGUUACGCCGACCGUCCGCCUUCCGCCAAACUUGGCGAAACUUAGCGAGCAGGCUGCUGCCCCGACGCUGUGCUGUAGAAGAUGCACUAUUACCGAUAUUCUAAUGCAGAAGUCAGCUGUUGGUACAAAUAUCUACUCUUCAGCUACAACAUUAUCUUCUGGCUGGCUGGGGUGGCUUUCCUUGCAGCUGGUCUGUGGGCGUGGAGUGAAAAGGGUGUAUUGUCUGAUCUGACAAAGGUGACUGGUCUUCAUGGUCUGGACCCAGUGGUGCUUGUCUUAUUGGUGGGAAUAGUGAUGUUUACUUUGGGAUUCGCUGGUUGUGUAGGAGCACUGAGAGAAAACAUCUGCCUUCUGAAGUUUUUCUGUGGAGCAAUUGUGUUUAUAUUCCUGCUGGAGAUGGCAGUGGCAGUUCUGGCUUUCCUGUUCCAGGACUGGGUGAGGGACAGGGUCAAGGAAUUCUUUGAGAAUAACAUUAAAUCCUACCGAGAUGAUAUUGACCUCCAGAAUCUCAUAGAUUCACUGCAGAAAAUUAACCAUUGCUGUGGUGCCCAAGGCCCAGAUGACUGGGACUUCAACAUAUACUUCAACUGCAGCAGUGAAAGCAAAAGUCGUGAGAAGUGUGGCGUUCCUUUUUCCUGUUGUAUACCUGAUCCUGCUCAAAAAGUUGUGAAUACACAGUGUGGCUACGAUGUCAGAAAAAAGAGCAAGAGCCAAUGGGAUGAUCAGAUUUUUGUCAAAGGCUGUAUUGUUGCUCUGGAAGCUUGGCUACCUCGAAAUAUCUAUAUUGUUGCAGGUGUCUUCAUAGCUAUCUCACUGCUCCAGAUUUUUGGGAUUUUCCUAGCCAGGACAUUGAUUUCUGAUAUUGAAGCUGUAAAGGCAGGUAAUGCCUUCUGAAUGUAAAACCAGACACAUGUUGCAAAUAAGUGUAUUUUACGCUUUUUGUUCGGACACCGUGGUGGAAGAAAUACACACACCGUGAAAUACUUCCUCUUGUUAAAAACUGUAUGUGGAUUUUACCCAGCUCAUACUUUUUGUUAGAAGCAGGUACAAAAAAAUUUCUGAACAUACACCUGUCUACCUUUUUUCUAACAAGACAACUCAGUGCACCAGCAUUGAUCUCGGAGGAAGAAAUGGAAUUUCACAAGACAUUGUUGAAACACUUUAGAGAUUGUAGCAUGGAGAAAUGAAACUACUGUAAACCCUUUUCUUGAAGGAUUAAUGUGAAGAUUGUUCUGUUUUCACUCCCAACUGUCAUCAGUCUCAAAAUAUAAUCUUUUCAGAAGAUGUGCUGAUUCCUUCAGAAUCUUGAAAUCCUUUUAACCUCAACAGUAGACUCAUGCAGUCAUUCUGUGGCAAGAUAUCCAGCAACCAUAAUCAUCAUGGUAUGGGAAAUUGGAAAAAGUAACAAAAUUGUCUAUCUCUUCAAUUGAUUUUCAGUUGUGCAGAAGUAGGGAUAUUUCUAUUUGACUGAGAAUAAUGUAGAUGUCUCAGGAGCAGAACCUUGUGCUCAGCAUCAGAGCUUGAGAAACCCACGCUGUUUUGAAAAUGCAAAUCUUCUCUCAAGAAGGGAAAGAUCUGACCAUCUGUGGGUUUCUAACAUCUAAUGCUACAUUUCAAGCAAGGGAGUGUGAACCCCUGAUGCUGUUUCCUGUCAGAAAAAAAAGUAAAUAUUCUUUAUUUAGAGAACAAAAAAACUCUUUAAAUAUGCCUAGCUUUGUAUUGAUCAGUAAUGUCUUUGAAAAGCUCUGUCUGCAGAAAUUUCAAAAUCCAGCUUGCUUCAGUAGCAAGGUAGUGAGCGUGCUGUGCUAGCUGCUGGUGGGUCUUGCCUUUCCUCUAGUUACUAUCACAACUGCUAUAUUGAUGUUCACAAGUCCUAACUGCCAAUAUCAGGACUGAUGAAAACCACUUAAAUUCAGUAUUGAUCCCUAUGGAAAUCUAUUUUUUUAACGAGGAAAUAAGCAUUUAGUGAGAGAUUAAGAGCUGUUGCAUUUUUACAUCUUCUUUGAAGCUCUUGAGUCAUCAGUUGUUCUGAUACAUGGCUCAAAUGCCAGUCACAGUAUGGUGAACCAGAAUGAUUUCUUGAGAGCAGUUUUCUUCAUCAGCCUGAACUAUUCCUGACGAAGUAAUUUUUUUUUUUUGUAGACAGGAAUAAAACUAAACUCUCUUCUUCCUGCCCUCUCUUCUUGGGGGUUCAAUAAAUGGCUCUGUAGUUCAGUAACAGUUCCAUUCUUCUCUAAAGGACUUUGGCAUAAUAUUUUUUGCUUUAAGAUAGAAGUAUAUGACCUAAAAGUUCUUGAAAGUAGCUUGUAGCUGUCAUUUUUACAAUGGGCCAUAUAACUAACCAUAUUUACUGCUUCCAGUGACACUAAUUUUUUCAGGGAGAGCAGGUUUAUUUACAGUGCCUAACAUAGUGUAAAUUUUAGAAAAAAUAUAUUUUUGUAAUGAUAUUUUACUACAUGUAGUCUGCCUGAAGGAUUUAAUACUUGUAUUUCCAAAGUAUAUGGGUUUCUUAGGAAGCCAAACUUUUAUGUAUUUCUCAAAGUCUUUUUUUUUUAUUAUUAUGCAUAUAUUAAUGAACGUUUCACUGGCAAAAGCUGAUCAGCAGUUAGAUUCUUCCUGUCUGCACUGAUUAUCCAGACAUCCUUUUUAAUCUGUGCAGCAUUUCACAGACAAUGCUGUACUUGUCGUGUGUACGUAGGUCAGCUUUCAUAGUUCUUUUUCUGUCCAGUGAUUGAGACACAACAGGAAAAGGAAGCUUGUCUAAGGAUGGCUGAUUUCCUUACAGUGGCAGAGAACAGUAUGCUAUUACUCAUUUGAAAACCUGAGAGUAAAAUCCUGAGAAGUGCACUGUGAUAUAUUUUUUGUUUUAGAUUUGAUAUACAAGGAAACAAUAGCAGUGGAUCACUGAGAGAAGAGACAGAGGCAUUUCUUCUGUAGAGCCUUGAAUCUGAGGUCUGUAGUAUUUGUUGAAUCUAGGCCAUUAGGAGAUGCCAAAAAAAUAGAAUGCUUUUACUGCUACUUUGCAAGUAGCAAAGCCAUGUCCAACAGCCUUUGCUUUAAGCUCCGGUGCUUGAAAUUUGACAAUGCCUCAUCAACCAGCUGGCUCUGAGGUUGUGUGUAAUAAUCUUGUGUAUGUAAAAUUGGAGGAGGAUGCUUUCUGUUUGUAACUUUUUAUUUGUAAAACAUUGCAUUGAAAAUUGCAUCUUGGGAGUAUGUUCCAGUUUGCCACUUUUUGACACAGAAAGCUUCUAAUACUGGCAAAUAUCUUUAGCAGUUGGUGAAAAUCCUCAUGGUGUCAAAAAUGCCUCGAUCACACACUGAAAUGAGCUACUGAGAAGAGCCAGUGUCAGAUCGGGAUUCCUGUGUCUGCAGAUCUUGCCAAGUUGCCUGAAGACAAAUGAAUACUUUGGUUUCAUUUUCAAGUACUGUUUGUAUGCAAAACAAUUUAAUUGAAGUGUUGUCUUUCCACAGUUUGUUCUUAUUGGUUUUGACUGUAUUAACACCAGCUGUGUAUCAAUGCUCCAGUUAUUUGGAAAUGAAUUCAAGAGACCAAGUUCAAACCUGUUUGCAGAACUUUAAAUUCAUGGUGAUUUAACUGUGGAUAAACUCUGCUUAUUCAGUAUUGCUUUUAAAACCUGGAGGCUCUAGACUGGUUUGUAUCUAGGCAUGGAAGUGGAACCGCUAUUUGUGAUCCACAUGGCUAGUGCAAUUUCAGACUUGGAAUGAAAAUACUUUCUUACCACUUUGUACUUAAGUUAUAUUUAACACAUUCUCUGUGGAUUUGCAGUGACUUCAUGGCUGAAGAUUCAGGUUGUGGUUUAAAAAUCUUGUCAUCAAAAGCAGUUAGGUGUGAGCUGGGCUCUAAAACCUUGAAGGAGAAGCAAUUCAAUGAUGUCAUGAAGAGAGGUUUGAUAAAUUGUUGAGGUUGAGAUUUCAGUGAUUGCAUUUGGAACAACUCCACAAACACUACAAUGGAAACAAGGUUUUUAAUGAAGAUGUCAAAUAUGAGAUCAGACUUGAAUAACUAGACUGAGAGAAGGAAACUGUUCGGUGUAAUUACUUUUAUUUCUCAGAAAUGAGCACAGUCUGUUUUGGUGAAGCAACCUAUUUAUUUGUCAGCAUGUUUGAUGGUGCAACUGCCCUUUUGCUUCUAUUAAUAUACCUGCAUUUGGACACAGUUUCCUUGUACAUGAAGAGGAGAAUGAGAAUAAGCACUGAAAAAACUCCAGUGACUAAAGGAGCUUCGGUUGCCUCCUGAAAACCUGAAGUUUCCUUCCCAAGUGGUCUUUAGUUUUGAUGAUCCUCAUACAGUGCUGUGUGGAUUGACCUGUAUCUCCAGUCUACUGAGGUUAAUGUGGCAAUUGGCUUGUAUAUAGAAUUGCCUUGUUUUUUGUCUCCCCAUUCCAUCCUUUCUUCGCAUUUCCCCUUGUGACUUAUGCAGCUUGAACAUUGUUUAGCCAGUCUCUUCUGAGAUGGCUUUUCUGAGCAUUUUCAGUAUUUUUGUUUCUCAAGCCUUAAAUUUGAUUAAAUAAAAUCUAAUGUUUUGUA